UCUGGUAAAAUCUCUCGAUCUCUGAACAGUUUUGUUUGCUAUCGCGCUGCCUACGCUGACCGCAUCAGGCAACAUUUAUCCAAAACAGAUUAUCAGGCUGUUUCCAUCAUUGCUGGAGCUUCAUGGAAGCUUGAGCCUGAAAGCGUCCGCAAGUUCUACAUCAAUUGUGCUGACAUCGAUAAAGCUAAUCACUUUGAAGCUUUCCCCGACUACAAGUACGCCCCC